UGUUAAUGUUGUAUCUUGAAUUGUAUUCAUUCCUAGAUUUUUAUAUUUCCUAACAUCUUAUCUAUAUAAUUAUAAUAUAUAAUUGUUUAUUAUGUUGUAGUGAUUAUAAUAAUUACAAAUUACCCGAUUCGUCAUGGUUACAGAGGAACAUAAGCUUUUAGCAGAAUUUUUAAAAAAUGUUCAUUCGUCACUUAGGAAGUCUACUUCAAAAAUGGGAGAAGAAAAAGCCUGGUUAGAUCACUGUGAGAAUCAAGUUGUACUGAAAACCUAUUCUCAAUACAUGGAGAAAUUGGCAACUACGUACUGGGAAGCAAAUUCUUUAAUUGAAAACAAUGAGGUUACUUCUCGUAUUAAAUGGUCAGCAGAUGUGUGUUUUGAUUACUAUAUUAAUAAAUUAUAUCUGAAAUAUAGAGAUAAAGAAAAUGAAAUUGCAAAAAAACUUAACAUUCCUUUUAAUAGCGAAGAGUCUUUCUCAAACCCUAUAAAACUUAUUGAUGUUGGAAGCUGUUAUAAUCCAUUCAAAAUAUAUGAUUUUCUUGAUGUAUUUGCUAUUGAUUUAUGGCCAGCAAACAGUUCUGUGUUGCAAUGUGACUUUUUAAAUGUACAUAUUGGAAACACUAUUUCUGUUGAAAGUAAUAAAGUGAAACAAUUAAAAGAAAAGUGUUUUGAGGUUGUUACAUUUUGUUUUCUUUUAGAGUAUAUUCCAAGUUCAAAACUGAGACUCAAAGCAUGUGAGAAUGCUUAUAGAAUAUUGAAACCUGGUGGAUUAUUAGUAAUCAACACACCAGAUUCCAAGCAUGUUGGGGCUAACUGUAAAAUUAUGAAAUGUUGGAGGUAUUCAUUGGCCUGUAUUGGUUUUACUAGAAUAAAAUAUGAGAAACUUAAACAUAUGCACUGCAUGGUAUUCAGAAAGGCUUUGUGUAAAGAUACAGCAGUGCGGUGGGCAAAAAUAUAUAAGGAACCUUAUAUGGAAAAUGCUAUACACAUACCUCAAGAUUUUCAUAAAGACAAUGAAGAAACAUCAACAGCAGAAACAAGUGAAAAUUCUAUAAAUUAUUUUACACAAUUACCAUUUUUCAGUAUAGACUAGUUUUUCUUCUUCAGGAGCUUUAUAUUAAAUAUUUGUUAUUUAAAUAUAUUUCAAAUUUUGAGUAUGGCACCUGGUGUGUUUGCCAUUGCCAAUAAUAUUGAAAAAAUUUAUUGUAUGUUAAUGAAUGUAUUGGUUAUUAAAAAAAAAUACAUCAGCAAUUUAAUAUUAUGAUUUAAAAAUAAUUCUCUUAAUAAAAACUUUCUUCACACUAAUAAAAUUGUACUAACCUGAAAGUUGUGUAUGAAAAAAAAAAUUUUACUUAAAGGUCAAAGUUUUUUAUUAAAUUGGUUUUAUAAAUGACAGACUUAUGAAGUAGCAAAUUUUAAAUUGUAAAUAUACAACUGAAUAUAGAACUUACACCUCAUUUUUUUAUUCCAUCCCAUCUGCAGAUGAUUGAUUCAAAUAAUUUUCUAGUUAUCUGCUAUGUAGGAAUAUGAGGGCCAUUAUCUUUCAUAUCUCUCAUGUAUUUGAUAACAAAGUAAA